GCACAUCUGGAAGGUACCAGAAGGGACCUGGACUCUCCAGCUGUGGCUGCUGCUCUCACUAUGGCCCAGGACUGAGUGGUCCGAGGCACUUGGACUUUCGCAGACUUUUCAAUACGUUGCUGGACGGCUGCAGGUGUGACACACCAAGUUUCUCCCCAGACCACCUCCCCUUUUGCCCACCAACACAUCCAGACAGAGAUCUGAGAGGAGUGUGUGGUUCAGGCCCAGAAGAGUUAGAGAGUCGGUGUGAGCAAUGAGGCGGCGCUGCCUGCUGCUGUGUGUAGCUCUGCUGGGCUGGACUCUGGUCCUUGGGCAGCGAGGAGCAGAGCCUGACCGCCGGCCGCUGGCACAGCACCAACAGGAGAAGGAAGGAGAAUGGAGGGAUGAAGAACUGCAGGGAGAAACAGAGGAGAAGCUGGACAAAGGGGUGAGCGUGAGCUCACAGUCAAAGCCAGAGGGGGUGUGUCCAGAGAAAUGCAGCUGCACAGCAGAGGGAGUGGUGGACUGUGCCGGAGUUGACCUGACCGGAUUUCCACCAAAUCUGCCGGAUACCACACGCCAGCUCUCACUGCAGAAUAACCAGAUCACUGAGGUGAUGGUGGAGGACCUCUCACGGCUCCUUCAGCUGGAGACUCUCAACCUUCAGAACAACCGGCUCACCACACAAGGCCUUGAAGACGAGGGAUUUGAAGUUCUAGAGCAGCUGGGUUACUUAUACUUGGCAAAUAACAAGCUCACUGCAGCUCCCAAACACCUCCCCCCUGCACUGGUCAGCGCCGACUUUGCUGCUAACCAACUCACCAAAAUCUACCCUUACACCUUUGGACAGAAACCAGCGCUGAAGUCAGUGUAUCUCCAUAACAACAAGCUGACGGAAGCAGGUUUACCUGAGGGAAUGUUCAACGGUUCAGACAACCUAGAGGUGCUCAUCAUGUCCAGCAACUUCCUGCGCUACGUCCCCAAGGGCCUGCCCUCCGCCCUCUACCGCCUGCACCUGAAGAAUAACAAGCUGGAGAAGAUUCCUGCUGGUGCGUUUGAGAACCUGUCCCAGCUGAGAGAACUUUACCUGCAGAACAACCUCCUCAGCAACGACGGCAUGGAUAAUAACACUUUCAGUCAUUUGACAAGCCUGGAGUACCUGGACCUCUCUAAUAAUAACCUUACUGAGGUUCCUAGCGGUCUGCCCCGGAGUCUUGUGCUGCUCCAUCUGGAAAAGAAUUCCAUCUCCCGGAUACCUGCUGAUGCUCUGACGCCCAUCCGCAACCUGGAGUACCUUCUGCUCCACAACAACCGGCUACGUGCCCGUGCCAUCGACCGGGAAGCCUUCCGUGGACUGAAGCGCCUGCACACACUGCACAUGUACAACAACCUGCUGGAGAGGGUCCCCCGUGGCCUGCCCCGCCGAGCCAAGACCCUCAUGCUUCUGCACAAUAUUAUCAGUGAGAUUGGCCGGGACGACCUGAUCAACCUGCAUACGCUGACUGAGCUUAAUCUCAGCUACAACCGCCUGACCAGCGCCAAGCUGCACCGUGAAGCCUUCCGCAAACUGCGAGUCUUGGAAGCCUUGGACUUGUCGGGGAACCAGUUGCAGGCUCUGCCAAAGGGGCUGCCCAAGAGCCUACAAGUGCUCAAAGUGAAGGGCAACCAGAUUGAGGAGCUGCCAGAUGGAGCACUAACAGGCAUGGGCAAGCUGAGAGAGCUUUACCUGUCCAACAACCAGCUCAGGACCAACUCCUUUUACCAGGGAGCAUGGCAAGAAUUGAGCUCACUCACGACACUAGAUCUCUCCACUAACCUGCUGUCUCACGUCCCUGCUGACCUCCCGGAGUCACUGGAGUUUAUCCACCUGCAGCACAACAGAAUCAACAGCAUCCCAGCGACAGCCUUCCUCUCGACACCCAACAUUAAAGGCAUCUUCCUCAGGUUUAACCGCCUCUCGGCUCUCUCCGUGGCAGAGGAUUCCUUCACUCACCUCUCUAAGCUGCAGGUGUUGGACAUCGGCCACGGCAACAUCAGCCCCAGACAUAUGGAUGAGGAUGGAGAUUAUGUAGAAAGAGAGGAAGAGCAGGAGUAGCAAGAAGAGGAAGGACAGCAGGACAGCCUCAAGAGAAGUGGACCACGCAUCAAUCCGUGAAAACAUGACAACCCAAUGAAUAGUGACAGGUCCUGAACUAAAAAGCUGUUUAGACGUGUUAUGGAGAUCUUAUUUAAGCCUUAGAAGUCGCAGUCAUCACCAGAUAUAACAACUCCAUGCUCUCGAUUUAUAUAAAACUGAGAAAUUCUAAAGAUUCGAAACUUUCAAACUUGUGUUUGUGAGUAGAAGAGAAGAUGUUUGAUUGGGAUCUAAAGAGUAAAGUUUUGUGGAAAGUCUUAUUUUGCAGAAAGAAAAAAAAAGAUACACAUUUUUACAAUUUUUAGUCAUUUCCUGACAUUGAACCCCAUUUUAAAAAGUAAGUAAUGUGUAAAUAUACUGCAACCUGCAAAAGUCAGAGGACACUCUUUAUCGUUUUUUUUUUUUUUUUUUGUUGAGACA